UGUCCUGGGGAAACAGAACUGACGCAGUAUUGCCUGUGUACUCUCUAAAGAAUAGGUUGUCCCUGUUUCAGUUUGGGCUUGGUUUGCUCUUCAAGGAGCAAAACAAUAUAGAUUCUGUGCAGAUGUUUGUGAGGCCAGGACUUAGGAGUGGAGCUGUUUGAGAGUAGCAAUAUACCCUGGUUCUAAUAUUCUUACGUGAUCUUAGUUCUGCUCUCAUUAGCAUAUAUGAGGGUCUUCAUUACACUUAAACAAGAUAAUACAAUUAUGGUUAGGUAUAUACUUUUGAAAUAUCUUUAAUUGCAUUACUUCAGAAGAGAAAAGAACGAUCAUCACUGAUCAUCUGAAUGUUCACAAUAACUGAUACUUUGGCAUGUGUUUAGCAGUCUCUGGGACAAAUGAUCUCAAGCAUCUCAAGAUCUUUCUGGGCUUUGCAGUGCAAAUUUAAUUUUCGUCAGAAUCUUCUCUGACUUAAGUUUUAGGCAUGUAGUUUAGUUGGACCACUUUGAAAAUAUUUAGGUGCUUAAAAAACAUUAUUUUCAAAAGUUACUCCCUAAGUAAAGAAAAAACCUCUCUUCCAAAUAAUUCAGUAUUAAUUUCCCAGCAGCUUCCCAGUUGAGAAAUCUGUGGGAUGUUUAUUCCUCUAAUUCCUUCUGUAUAUGAGGGCAGAUGGAUUGCAGUCACUGGAGGCAGAGUUGUGCUAACAGUGAACUGGGCCAAAAAGCUUGAAUUUGUAAUGAAAACUGUCUUGGCAACUGACAUUUCUGUUCUGCUUGGCUAUGCAAUAGACAGUGGAAUAGAGGGCCGAGAAGCAUUAAGGGGAAAUAAUAUAGUGACAAAGUUACAGCUCGUUUACAGGUAUGUUGUAUGCCCCGCAAUGUAGAGGCAUUUUGAUUGAAAGCUGCUCAAUUUUUUGUGUGUAGUUUGCUUUACCAUUUAGAAAUGGGCUAGGAGCUUAUGUCAUUAAACAGGCAGAACCUAUGGGCUCUGAUGCAAGUCCAGUUUAUUCACCCAUUAGAGGCUUGAUGUCUUGAAGUUGGAUUGAAGGGAGAUAGAUGGUGAAAUAAGCCUGAGAGCUGUGAAGUGGUGAGAGAGACAAAAGACAUGGGAGGCUGAAUGUAGUCAGUAAAAUACUUCCUAAAAUGAUGAGAAAAUUCUUUUGACUGAGAAGAAAAAAUGCAUUCUGAAUGAUAACUACUGCAUGCUGAACCGAACUGGAAAGGUCUCAUGCUUUGGAGAUGAAGAUGAUAAAUCCAAAGAAAUAAUCCAGCUGCUACCAUUGUAACAACUGAAAGGUCCUUUGUGUCAAAAUGAACAGUUUUUGAGAAAAAUCUGGGAAGCAGUUAAAUCUGAAAAAUGGGCGAAAGAGUAAGGAGCCCAGAUUCUGAACACGACAGGAAAUCAGAUGGGAAUAAAAAUAGUGACUCCUAUUAUUCAGAUGAAGAUAACACAUCUCAUUCAUCUGGCCAGUCGCCAACACUAAGCUAUCCAUCUACAAGCCAAGAAAAAAGAGAUCACAAAACACAAACUUCAAACAGCCUUGUGCACUACCAAGCCACAAAGAAAUUCGGUUCCAAAUAUGCACCAAGCAAAAGAGAGACACGGUGGGGUUUCCGUUCUCAGAGCCUCACUAGGGAUUCUCCUGCAAAAGAUAUAGAUCUUGUUACAAAAAGAGUUCUUUCUGCUAGGCUGCUGAAAAUCAAUGAGCUCCGAAAUGAACUAACUGAACUCCACAUCAAACUAGAUGAGCUGCAGAAGGAAAACAAGGCACUGAAGAGGCUUCAGCACAGGCAGGAGAAAGCCUUGAGUAAGUUUGAAGAUACAGAAAACGAAAUCUCUCAGCUCCUUGCCCGGCACAACAAUGAGAUCAGAAUAUUAAGGGAGCGCCUACGAAAAUCUCAAGAGAGGGAACGUGCAACUGAGAGACGGCUGAAAGAUUCGGAAGGUGAACUGUACAGAACAAAAAUUGUCUUGCAGAAACUGAAAAAGCUGUCUGCAGAUAAGCACCUUGCUGAAAGAGAUGACCUGACAAAGAAACUAGCCUAUGCAGAGAGUAGGCUAGAGGACAGUGAAAGAAGAAUUAAGGAUUUGGAAAGAAAUCUUGAAUUAAGUGGUAGCAGUUUUCAACGAGAGUUACAUUCAAAGAAAAAAAAGAUGUAUGAGGCUCAAGAAGAAAACAGAAUUCUCCAAGAAGAGCUUCAUCAACUAAAUCAGAAGCUGAAGGAAAAAGAAAGAGAACUUGAAGCAAAAAAUAUAUACGCUAAUCGUAUGUUGAAGCUAUCACCAAGAAAAGACAUGGAUAUUAUACAACGAAAAAGAGCCAACAACCAAAAUAUUAAAAAAGGAUCACAGCUCACAAAAGGUGUGCAGACCAGUGGAUACUUCUCACCAGUAGAAUUAUUUCCAGAAUCAGAGCUUGCCUGUGGUGACACAGUAAACAAGAAAGAAGGGAUUCUUCCUAAAAUAGAAAAAGAAACUCAGGACAAAGAACAGAAAGAGCAAGCUGACCUCCUAAGACAAGACCGAGACAGGGAAAGAGAAGAGAAACAGAGUCAUUUUCAGGAAAUACAGGCUUUAGAGGAGAGGGUUCAAAAACUACAUGAUGACUGGGAAAGGGAAGAAUAUGACAAAAUGAAAAAGGAAAGCAGCUUUUUAUUGGAUAAAGAGAAAACAAAGAUGGAGACACAAGUCCACAAACCUGAAGUAGAGAGAGAAAGCACUGAAAUGCUGGAAGAGCAGCGAAAAAGAGAGUUCCUGCUUGCUAAAAUGCAAGAAAUUGAUAGAGAAACUCAAAAUGUGAUGAACAUGAAACCUGCUUCCCAAGCACCACUCAUAAAUACAGCAAGAAAAUUGCAUUCCAUGGAGAAAAAAGAAAAAACUAAUCAAUUCUUUGAGAUUCCUGGAAAGGUUACUAAUGGAUUUCCUGUAGAUGACAGCCGAGAUGAUGCCACAAGAGCACUAGGGCAGAAGCAACGAAAUGUAAGGACCUUAGAUUUAAGUAGUGAGAUAGCAUUUGGUAGUUACGUACCUUCCUUUGGGAAAGGAUCAGGGAGACAGAGUUGGCUUACUCAAAAAAGCGACAACUUAGAAGAAAAUGUUAAGGAAAAUGCAGAUUUCAAUAGUAAGAGAGAAAAGAAGUCCAAUUUAAUGGAGCAGCUCUUUGGAAGCAGUGCCAGUACCAUCUUUCUUUCUAAAAAUAAUGAUACAACACCUUUUGACAUAGAUUGGGACUCUAGUAAUACUCUUCUUGUUGAUAAAGCCAGUAAAGUCAAAGAAGACAGUGACCUUUUUGGUGAAGUAAGAAACCUAAGCAGACACCGUUUGCAACACACUACAAGCAAACCAGGAGUUAAGACCCUUGGUUCUUUAGAAGAUGACAUCGAAGAAGUAAUCUUACAAUAAUCAUAUUUUUAUAUGUUUUAUAUGUAAAUACUGAAAAAAUAUUUUCCUGUAAUAUUUAUUAGAUACAGAUUUGAAACAUUUCAGAGAUAUUGUAAAGCCUUAUGAAGGAAUAAUUUACAUGAAUGGGUAUAUGUAUAGAGGAAAGAUGCACUUUGAUAGAACAGCCUAAUCUAGAUGCAGGAGAUUUCUUCUAAAAUGUAAUAUCCAAGUACAGACCUUGGAGGUCCAGCAGUGACUCUUUUGGCAGAAAGACAGGGAGGGUGUUCUGAGGGACUUUGAUAGAUGAGAUAGGUGCUGGCUGGCUGCUUCAGUCAAUCAGAGAAGAUACUUUUGCCCCAACUUGGGCUCCAGACUGACUGUCACUCUUGCCACGUGGCACCAUCUGACUUGCGCAGCUGUGGCUCAGGGUCUGAGAGGCUCAGCAGCACAAAGCUGGUAAGGAUGCCAUAGGAAUGGAAGGACUUCCAGAGGCUUACUGAUUUGUGCCCUUUGCUCGUGCUCUGUCACGUACCCUUCAAGCUCCCUCUUACUCUUGUGUGCUCACUCUCUUACCCCCUUGUCCUUCUUUCUUUCAGUCUUGCCCUUGCUUCCUUUCAUACUCUCUCUUUUGCCAUCGCUCUCAGAGUUUUCGAGACUUACUGAUGUGUAAUGGUAUGUAAAGUAAAAUUACACUUCUCACAAAGGAGCAUUAUUAUUUAUUGCAGAAUGAGUUGGCUGAGAAGGCAGCAAGCUUUUAUGUGGCAGCCCUAGCAUUCAGGGCAGCUACCGGACGAGCAUCUCUGACUAGUCAGUAUAGGAAUUAGUUUGGGUUAUUUUUGCCUACAGGCUGCUUACAGUACACUGCUUUUCAUUUGGAGUAUUUCUUUUAGGCCUCAGAUAUUUUUUCUUUCUUGGGCAUUCAGAGAGCCUCUUAACUGUGCGUAUGUAACAUCAGCGUCAAAAAAUGGAUAGAAGAGACAUACCUAGCACAAAGGCUCAGGUAGAAAGAGAAAAUUCUACAUGGCAAUCAUUUUAUCUCAGAAGAACACAAAAAGAAACACAACUCAGGAACAGAUGAUCUCCCUUCUGCAUAGGUUUUCUGUAGACCAUACUACCAGAUUUGUCUAACUCCUCUCAUAUAUUCAGGUUCUGUUUGUUAUAUAAUGACAUUUUUUGUAAUUUCUGAAAUUUUUUAUUAAAAUUCCAAUCAUCACUAACUCAUUUUUUAACAAAAUGGUUUUAUUAAAUAACUUGAGUAAAAUUUUUGUGUGUAG